AAUGUGUUAAUCAGAAGAGGAGAAGACAAGCUGACAGCUGUCAUUGGAGACUUUGGUCUAGCAGCAAAGAUUCCCGAUCCACUAAAUGAAAAUGAGAAGCUGUCUAUUGUGGGUUCUCCCUACUGGAUGGCCCCAGAGUGUCUGAGAGGAGAGAGGUAUUUUGAAAAGGCUGAUGUCUUUUCCUAUGGCAUAGUGCUGUGUGAAAUGAUAGCAAGAAUACCAGCAGAUCCAGAUAUAUUACCCAGAACGCAGACUUUUGGCCUUGACUAUGUGGCCUUCAGUGAAAUGGUGGGUGACUGUCCUUUGGAUUUCUUGCAGCUAACAUUUACCUGUUGUCAGAUGGAUGUGAAGAAGAGGCCAUCAUUUCAGGAGUUGAUAGAGCCUCUGAAUGAGAUAGAAACUCAUGCCAUGAAUAUAGACCAGGAGAGAAAGGAGCAACUUUUUAUUGACACAGAUCAAAUUACUGUGGAAGAUUUCUCAGAAAAUGGAAAUUUACUUAUGCUAAGUAGUACGUAUUUGUCAUUUGCUAAGUAG